AUGGGCGUUUCUCCUGCAGGGUCCAGCAUUCCGCCGUCGAGGCAGAAGAACUGCCACAACUGCGUUCAGACAAAGCGCCGAUGCGAUAGGCGGAUGCCACACUGCUCUCGAUGCGUGGAAAGAAACAUCCCUUGCGACUAUAGCAGGACCAGGACGGCCAUCCAAGCUGAUAGACAAGCAAGACGCGACAAUGCAAAUGGGCCGGCAUCCAUUUCACACCCACUCUUUAGCCCUGGCCCUGCUGCGGAGAUGGACUACCUUGGAUCCAUAGAUGCGGACAUGGUUGCGGACUUGAUGCCAGACUAUCCUGCCGAACCUUUGCUUCAAUCGCCCAUCGAUGCUACUCACGGCAUUGAUGUGCUCAUGGACAAUCAGGUAGAUCUCAUGGGCGGCAACACACCUGCCUCCAUGAGCCAAUGGCUAGUCGCCUUUGAAGAUGACUCUAUCACCGAACGCCCAAGCACUCCAGUCGACGAAGAGAUUACACGGUCGUAUCAAAAGAUGGCUCCAAUGUGUGACAACAUCAACACCUGGAGUCUCCAUGACCCUAGCACACCACUCUAUUACAUCACAUCUCGGGUCAAGAACUUUGUGAAUGACAUGGCAACACAUAACGCAACGCCAUUUCUGCACCCCUUCCUCUACCGUGCCCAUACUCCAGAGUGUAUCAUGUCCUGCUUUUCCACCAGCGUGCUCUACACGGCCCGCACUCCCACCAACACGGCCAUGGUCAUGCGCGCCCUUUGCAAGAGUGCACAUGAGCUCGUUGCCGCCGAAUCUGUCCGGUUCGUUACAACCACGACGGAGCGCCUGGCGCGAGCCCAGGCCCUCUUGCUGUAUCAAAUCAUUCGCCUCUUUGACGGUGACGUUGCUCUCCGCGCUCAGGCUGAGAGGGACAGUGCGCUCCUCAAUACGUGGUUGGCAGAGUUGUGCAAGAUGCGCGAUAACCUAAGCACGAGUGCGCGAUUAGAGAAUUCCGUUGCGAGAGCACAACCGCCAGAGUGGGAGCAAUGGAUCUUUGCCGAGUCUGUCCGCCGGACUAUUCUCAUGGCCUACUCGGUGCUUGGUCUAUACGAGCUGAUGAAAGAUCCCGAGUGGGACGGAGAGCCGAACCCAUGGGCAUACACACACCGUUGGACACUUUCACGCUCUCUAUGGGAGGCCAAGUCUUCAGCCGGAUUCCAACGAGCCUGGAAGGAGAAACCGCAAUUCGUGAUGGAAAAUCACUCCUUUGAGCGCUUCCUCGAGCAUGGAAGAGGCUCUGAUGUUGAUGAAUUUGCCGAAAUUCUGUUGAAUGUGUACAUGGGAGUGGAUGAGACGAAAGAAUUCCUUUCGUCACGCGAAACUCCGGUUCCAGUGCAAUCAGCAUGA